CGCACACUUCAAUUUCAUUGCUUGAGUUUGCUUGUAUCUAAUUGGAUGCCAGACGGUCUCACGACGAUUCCGUAACGCCCCUUAGUUGCUGCUCUUUAUUUCAAUAUCUUGCAAUUUCGGUAGUAUGCUCGAUACACCACUUGAAGUUCGCUAUGCUUACUGUCUCGCGCGUUGCGCGAUGUGUUUCAGCCUGUGGCGUUCGGCGGGCCUCGUAGAUGAUGUAUUGAGGAACCCAAUGUCUAGUUGUCACUAAGUGCGGGAUGCCGCGAGGAUGUUUCGCCGCAAAGCAAAGGGUGCCCCUCGCCUUGAAGGGCACGGCCCUUGCCCUUGCAGUCAUCCUGAGCUUCUAUUCACUGGCCAGUGGGGCUCCCAGUGGGAUUACUUGGAGCCUAGGAGUAAGCUCUGAGUGCUCCGCUGCUCAUUUUGCAGACGGCUUGAGCCAAAGGCUCUGGGGGCUGGGCAACCUGUCGGAUGCGCAGGGGGUGCAGCGGGCUGUUGCCGCGGCCCUGGCGGACUGCGGCGCCGCGCCGGAUCAGGCGCGUGCGGCUGCUGUGCGCUGGCUGCAGCUGCCCAGCUGGGCCAACGGGCUGCUGCUGUCCUGGAUCCGCACAGCCACGGAGCUGUCGCCGCCGCUGGCUGCUUACUUCCCGGAUCGGCUGCCGCAGCAGCUGCCGCCCGCCGCCGCCGUGCCGGACGCCGACGCACUGCAAGCCCUGACGCACAGCACGGGCGCCGCCAACCACACAGUGAUCACCUACGACGUCAGCAGUAUGCCCCUGACCGCAUUCCUGGCGCCCAGGGCCGCCACGGGUCUGGAGUCUGCUGCCUCGGACCACGGUGCCGACUCCGUGCUGCUGGGCUUUGGCCGCGAGCCCGAGAACGCCUGCGCGCAGGCCGCCGCCGCCGCCGCCUCCGCCGCCGUCACCGGGCCGCUGCACCCGCGCACCUACCUCCUGAUGCUGUACCGCGCGGAGGCGCUGGCGGCACUGCAGCAGGCGCAGGCUGAGCAGCCGCAGCAGCAGCAGCAGCAGCAGCCUGCCCCAGCUGCUGCAGCCGCCACUCCUGCUGCAGCCGCCACGCCGCCGGACGACUGGGAGGCGCUGGUGCAGCUGCUGGAGGCGCACAGCCGGGCGGCGGCGGCGGCUGCAGCGGCGGCGAUGGCCGGCAGCAGCACCGGUGCCAGCAGCACCAGCAGUGGCAAUGGUACUGCCGCUUACCAGCUGCCGCGCUAUGGGCUGUGCAUCACGACGGACGCGGGGUGUGGGCGGCUGGGCGACGUGUGGGCGGCCAUAGCCGCCAGUGUCCUGCAGGUUCGAGGCACCGGGCAGGGCUACGCCUACAACCUGGCGGCGCCGCCGCCCGCCGCCGUGCCGCUCACCAACGGCACGGGCUGGCGCUACGCGGCGGACGUGCUGCGGCGGCUGCUGGCGUACAACGCGCCGGGGGAGGGACCGGAGGGAGCCGGCGGCGCGGCUUGCUGGGGCCUGAGCCCCUGGUUUGCCUCCGGCGACUGCCUGGUGACGCUGGAGUGGGACGCCGCGCUGCCCGAGCUCCAACACGCCGCCGUCAGCCGCCGCCCCGGCGCCGCCCUGCGAGUGGCGCCCCUGCCCGGCAGCCGCCUCGUCGCCGACCGCCGCGCCGCAGACCGCAUCGUCGGCGCCGCCGCCAGCAGCAGUGAGGGCGGCAGCGAAAGCGGCGGCGGCGGGCCGGCUGCGUACGGCGGCAGUUGGCCGCUGGUCAACUGCAGCGUCCAGCUGUGCUCUGUGUCCGCCAACCAUGAUUUGUUGUACCUGCAAAUGGACACCGUGCCGUCGGCGCUGCUGGUGCAGCCACUGAGCUCCGGCAACGCCUCGCAGGCGGCGGUCGCUGCUGCUGCUGCCGCCGCCGCGACCGGUGGCACGCCGCCCGGCGGCAACGCCACCAGCGGCAACAUCGUCCAGGCGGUGUUUACGGCGCGCGAGGCGACGCUGGUCAGCCGACUGGCGGCGCGUGCGGCGGCUGCCGCAGCCGCCCAAGGAACGGCGGCGCCAACGCCUCAGGCGGCGCUCAAUCGUGUCCCUUACAGCGCUGCGUGGGAUGCGCCCAUCGUUUUCCGCUACCUGGACCCAAGCCUGACGCCGGGCACGCUGGCUGACGUGGCGGCGCUGCAGCGGGAUGUGUUGACGGCGCUGUCCGGGUUCCGGGGGUUGAGGCAGGGCUUUGCGGACGACCUGCGGCGGCGGCUGGGCUUCACGUCCCACGAGGCGGGAGAUGGCCAGAACUGCAGCGGCUACGUCUGGACCGACUGGUGGAUGGCGCUGCCGCCCAUCACCAGUGACGGCCGCGUGGCGCCGUCAGCGGCGGCAGGAGCCGGCGGCAGCACCAGCAGCACCCAGCAGCAGCAGCAGCAGCAGCAGCAGCAGCAGGCACUGCCUGACCUUUCCGAACUGGCGGCGGCGCUAGGCUGGGCGGGCGGCGAGGGCGCGGAGGCGGACAACGGCACGGCGGCGGCGGCGUCCUAUGUGCGGGCGCUGUGGCACGGCCUGCACAGCCCCAACACCGCCCCGGAGGUGCACUGGCCUGCACUGCCCAACUGGUUCAAGUACGCUGUCAGCCAGGCGGCGCUGCUGCUACUGCCAUCCGACGGUAGCAGCAACAGCAGUAGCCGCACACGGCGGCGGCUGGCGGGCGCUGCAAACGGCACCGAGCCUGCAGCCGCCGCCGCAGUGGAGGCGGCAGUGGGGCUUCUGACGCGGCUCCUCACAGAUGCCAACACGGCCUUCGACCAGGGCCCCAUUCGCACCACCUACGCCGCCUCAAUCUCCGCCCCCGCCUGGGCCGCGCCCGCCGCCGCCGGCAGCUCCCGCGGCGGCGGCGGCGCCAUUGUGGCCAGCGCCGUUGCCUCGGUCCUGGCGGCGGCGCUGGUGGCUGUGGUGGCAGCGCUGCUGAAGCUGUCGAAGCGGCGGCGGCAGCGCCACCGCGAUCUGUUGGGCCGACUGGUGGCGCCGCGGCCCGGCCCCGACACCACCCUGCUGAUCAGCGACGUGCAGUCCAGCACCACCCUGUGGGAGGAGCUGCCGCCCGAGGUGAUGGACGCGGCACUGGCGCUGCACCACGCCACAGUGCGGCGGCUGGCGGCGCGGCACGACGGCUACGAGAGCGCCACUGAGGGUGACAGCUUCAUCCUGGCCUUCGCCGACCCCGCCUCCGCACUGGCCUUCGCCACCGCCUGCCAGGUGGCGCUGCUCCGGUGCGACUGGCCGCAGCCGCUGCUGGAGCACCCCGAGGCGGCGCCCGUGCUGGCACUGGUGGCGCCGUCAGGACCGCCGCCGCCGGCAACAGCCGCCGCCGCCACCGCCGCCCAGCAGCACAGCAGCCAUCACCGGACCGCGUCCGCACACGCCCAGGCGCAGCCGCUCACCAGGCCCGCCUCCCCGCACCCCGCCGCCUUUGAGGGCUUCAUGGGCGGCCGGGGGCGGCAGACGGCAAGCAUGGACAUGUGCCCGCCGCUCAGCGGGCGCGGCGGUAGCAUGGGCCUGCGCCUGAGCCUGGCAGCCCUGGGUGGGUCCUUGGGCGGGGGUGCAGCCAGUGGCAGUGGGUAUGGCAGUGGCGCCUUCCCCGGCAUGCUGCUGGGGCUGCUGGGCUCACCGGGCGGCAGUACCCUGCCAGCCGCCCAGGCCGCUGCCAGCGCCGCUGUGGUCGCCCCGCUGCUGACGGCGGCGCCCAUGUCGGCGUCCGUGUCCGUCAACGUGCCGGGACUUGCCGCCGCCACGGGCUCGCCGCUGCCGCUGCCGCUGGACUGCCGCGAUGCCAAUGGCGGAGCCCUUGCGGCGUCGUUGCCGCUUCCAUCACCGCCACGUGUCGUGCUGGCGGUACCUGGGCCCGGGGUUAGCGCCGCCCGCCGGAGCGUGGGUGAUGCUGGUUGUGGCGGCGGCGGCGGCGGCGGUCCUGGCGGCAGUGGCGGUGGUGACGGCACGGACGCUGGGCUGCGCUCGGCUGCCGACUCGGCAACGCAGUCCCCGUUCAUUAGCCCUCUAGAGGCACUCCCGUCAGCCUCCAAGUUGAUCACAGGUGCGAGCCAGCCGCACGACCCAUACCGCACCUGUGGCACCCGCGCCGAGGCACCUGCAGCUGCAGCUGCAGCUGUCGCUGCUGCGGGCGGCGAGUCUGCCGCUGCCGCGGCUUCAGCAGCGGGCGGCACCGGGUUGCCGUCGGUGUGCAUUACCUGCGGCGGCACCGGCGUCAACAGUCAGGUUGCCGAUGAUGGCGGCUGUCGCGAUUGUGACGGCAGCGGCAUUGUUGUUGUUGUUGGCGGCGGCGGCGGCCACCGCCCUGUGCCUGGCGUUUCCCGCCUGAGGUCCAGCACUUCUGCCGCCGCUGCGCCCGAGGCCUUGGUGGGUAUGACACCGCCGGGGCCGUGCGCCGGGACCAAGGCGCCGCCGCCGCCGCCGCUGCUGCUGCCUGCUCAUCAGUCGCCGUUUGGACUAGCCGCUGCCGCCGUCGCCGGCCUGAUGCUCCCGGAGCGGGACGACAUCUCACUGCCGUCCGGUGCGUCGCCUGAUGGCACCGCCCGCACCGACCUGUGGAGCGACCACGUGCGGCAGGAGCAGCGCGCGGCACUGGCAGCAGCGGCCUCGUCCGGGGGCGGCGUGCCGGCGGCUGCAGGCGUGUCAGCAUGGACGUCGGGGCGGGCGGGCGCCGCGCACACAGCUGCCAUACCCGAUGGAGCCUCACCCUCGCCGCCAGGAGACACCGGCGGAGGCAUCGGUGGCGGCGCAGGCAGGGGCGGUGCGGGUGCUGCUAGUGCGAUUGGUGCUGCUACUGGUGGUGCUGGUGUUGGGCCCUGGGGCUCUGCGGUCCUGCAGGGUGCAGUCGGCUCCUCCAGGGGCGGCGACGGCCUCGGCUCGACCAGCAGCUUCCUGGCAGGCUCGCGCAUGCGCCGCUUCUUCUCCACCAUCCGGUCAAGGUCGCAGUCACUGCCGCAGCAGCUCGCCGCCGCCGCGCCUGCUGCUGCUGCCAGCCCCGCUAGACAGCUGCCGUUGCCGUCGGAUCCAACGGCCCUGCCCGCAGGCGGGGCGGGGCUGGCAGCAGGCGGGUCAGCCCGGGGCGUGCUCCAUGUGUCGCUGCCUGGGGAGGCAGGAUUCGCCGGCUCCGCCACCGGCGCUGGGCUGCUCGGCGCUGCGACCUUGUUUGGCGCAGACGGCGGCAGCAGGGGCGGCACGGCAGCUGAUGCCACCGCCGCUGCCAACGGUGCAACGCCGGAGGAGCAGCCGCAGCGGCUGCAGGGGAGUCCCGGCCCCGGCGAGGCGGCUGCGGCGGCGCUGGCGGCUGAGCGCGAUGCCGUGUGCAGCUUUGGCGAGGCCCUUGCGAUGGCGUUCUCGCCGCUGCUGGCGGCGGCUGUGGCCGAGCCGGCGGUCAGGUCCACCGGUACAGCCGCCGCCGCAGCUCGGGUCUCCGAGAGCGGCCGGAGAAACCGCGGCGCGGCACCGCAGGCUCCGGCCUGGGCUGGCGGCGAUUGGCAGGCAGAGUGGCGGGCACAGGGCUGCGGUCUGACCUUCAGCGCUACCUGGGUGCAGAUUUCGGUGGUGCUGGCUGACGGGCGCUGCGGCCUGGUGACGUACCGCGGCCUGCGAGUGCGCAUGGGGCUGCACAGCGGGCUGGGCGAGGCGCCGGGGCACAUGGCGUUCAACCGGGUGGGGUCGGCCUACAAGUACAGCGGCCCACUCGCCGACAUAGCCCGGCUGGUGUCUGACGCGGCGUCGGGCGGUCUCAUCACUCUGUCCGCCGCCGCCUUCCAGAGGUUGCACCACUCCGGUGAGGACGAGGCUGGCGCGGGCAGCAGCGGCGGCGGUGGAGGCGGAGGGGCCGGGGCUGGCGCGGCCGGAAGCAACGGUGGCACGGCCCCACGUGCAGUGCGUGGCGGCGGCCGCGGUCGCCGCGGCCCUGCCGCCCCCGUGGGUCGCAGCCUGGUUGUGUACGCAGGCCACUACGACCUGCGGCGACCCGAGUCCGUACACAAAGCACCCACCGGCGUCGUCCAACCCAACACCGAUCCGGCGCCGCACCUGCAGCCCCAUGACGCUGGCGAUGGGAGCAGCGGCAACAGGGGCAGCGGCGCCGUUGGGGGUGCUGCUGACGGCAGCGGCGACACUGCAGACGGCACUGUCACACCGCGAUUGCGGCCGUCCAUUGCUGACCGUGCUGUCACUGUUGCCAGCGCCAAGGCUGGGGACGGUAGUGUUGUGCCGUUGACGGAGCCGCACGGAGAGGCCCUGCUGCUGGUGUCGGUGGCGGCGGCGGCAGCGGCGGCGGCCGCCACCAACACCACCACGGGCGCCUGCACGACACGCUUUUCCCAGACCACUGCCAAUACGCACGGCGGGUCUCAGCAAAGCGGCCUCACUGGCGUGUGGGCCACGGGCGGCGGCGGCGCCGCCGGCGGCGCCUUCAGCGCCCUCUUCAGUACCGUACUGCCAGAUUACAGCGGCGGCCCGACCAGUGGCGGCGGCGGGAGCGAUGGCGCGGGUCAUGCGCUUGCGGCGGGGAAGGCGCAAACCGGCGCGACGGCGUCGCCAAUUCGGGGGACGGCGGGGCUACUCCUGCCUCCGCCGCCGUCGUCUCUGGCGCUGACUCCGCGCUUGGCGGCGGCGGGGCCUGUGGCAGAGGCGCGUUUGGAAGACGGAGCUUUAGAGCAGGACGCGACGGCGGUGGCGCUGCGACAAGAUCCCAUCGUCGGCACCGGUAUUGGCGCGGGCACCGGCAUGCAGCCGCCACUGCCGAUAACGAUUCUGGCGUCCUCGGAGCUGGCAACUGGCGGCGAGGCCAGCCACGCGGUUGCGGCGGCGGCCGGGGCGGCGGCGGUAUCCCCGCUGCCUAGCCGCAGUGCCGCCAGGGCACACCCGUCUCGCCUGCAUCAGAUACGAGCAGCGGCCGCGGCGGAGGUGGCGGCUGCGGCGGUGGCCGCCGCGUUUGCAGAGGAGGAAGAGGCGGCAGCGGCGGCGGACGCACCGGCGGCGACGUCCACCGCGCUCAGCCGCAGGCUGCUGCAGGCCAUUGGCUACCCCGCACCGAGCCAAGCAAGCGCGGGCGGCAGCAGCCCCGCAGCGGCCGGUGUGCGUGACGGCCGCAGCAGAGGCAUUCGGUCCAUGGUGCGGGGCGACCGGGACAGGGACCGGGAGCGGGACGUGGCCGACCGGAGCUACAGGGCCGGCCGGAUGAUGCACCUGGCACGUGACCUCGGUGUGAGCACCAGCAGCAACGGCCACGUCGCAGUGGCCACAGCCGCCACCAUUGCGGCCGGCGGCGGCGGCUUCCGCGGCGGCGCCGUCGCGGUCAGCUCGGCCGCUAGCUACCUUCUCAUGCCGCACGCCGGAGGCGAUGACGGUGACGGCGAUGGGGACGAGGACAGCGAUGGCUGGGAGGGCAGUGGGUACCCCGCUGUGGGUGGCAGCGGCCAGAGGACGUUUGCCCCCAGCAACAUGCGCAAUGGCGGCAGCAGCAUGGGUACCGGCGGCGUGCCAAGCGGCAGCAGCCGCCGCCGCAGCCGUGCCGUCACCGCCGGGCAACUGAGUCUCGUGCUGCCCACCGCUGCGGCCGUCUCCACCCAUGCCUCCUCCGGUGCUGCGGGCGGAAAUGCGUCGGCGCCCAAAGCCGCCGAAUUGCUGUUGCAGUCGUUCCCGCCGCAACCACCGCAGCCAGCGGUGGCGCAGCAGCCGUACCCGCAGCAGCAGCAGCCGUACCCGCAGCAGCAGCAGCAGCAGCAGUACCGCAGUGGUCCGCUGGCGGCGCUGGUGUCCACGUGGACGGGCCGGGGGCGCAGCGGCGGCAGGACUCACACCACCGACUCCUAUGCGGUGACAGCGCCAGGGGUGGGGCCGGGGGCGGGGGCGGGCCCGCCAGCUGCAUCGGGUGCCCUGUUCAGCAGCCUCCGCAGCGGCGCGCUGGGCUUCCUCCGGGGCAUGGCCGCCGGCGCCGGCGCCGGCAGCAGUGGCGGCGCGAACGGCGGCGCGCACGGCCCUGACCCACACGGCCCUGACCAGCUCCAGCCCGACCCGCACAGCCCCCUGCUGUCCAUGUCUCACCUGCCGGUCAGCCUCAUCGCGGGCGCCGGCGAUGGUGGUGAUGAUGAUGAUGGCGAUGACAGUCACGAUGAUGAGGCGGAGGACAUGAGCGCUGCCAUGUUUGGUCGCGUGUCGGCGCUGGUUGGGGCGCCUGGAGGAGGCGGCGUCCUGCCGCGCCCCAGCUCCUCGCAGCACCCCUGGAUUCCCGGCAACAGCAGUGCCGGACUGGCGGGCGCUGCGCCGCCCACGUCCACACGCACGCCGCUGCCCACUCCUGACCCGGCUACGGGGCAGCAGCAGCAGCAGCAGCAGCAGCAGCAGCAGCAGCAGCAGCAGCAGCAGCAGCAGCAGCAGCAACAGCCGCCGCUGCCGUCGCGCCACUCGACAGCGCCGCAGACGCGGCGCCGCCGACAACGCGACGACGCCGCAGAGCCAGCUGACGGCAGAGGCAGCGCGGGCGGUGGCGGUGGCGAGGACGGCGCCGUGGCGCUGUUUGUGGCGGUGCCGGCGGCACUUGCGUGCAGGCUUGUGCUGGCGCCGCCGCUGCGGGGCGGGCCGCAGCAGCAACUGGGCACACUGGCGGCGCCCAUCGGGGUCAUUACGGUGGCAUUCGUGAAGGUGGUGGGCGCCAGCGCGCUGCUGGCGGAGCUGCCGGAAGCCGCCGGCGCCGGCCUGGAGGCCUUCCAGCGCCUGGCGGGCGGGGAGCUGCUGGGGGCGGCGGGCGGGUACCUGGUGGAGGCGGGGGACGGGCUGGUGCUGGCGGCCUUUGGCAGCGCGGCGGCGGCGGUGCGCUGGGCGCUGCAGUGCGUGGAGCGGGUGGCGGGGCUGGACCUCAAUGAGGAGCUGCUGCAGCACGAGCUGUGCGCGGAGGAGCUAGCGGUUCACGCCGUUCCUGCCGGCGGUGCGAUGUCCAUCUUGGACAGCGGCAGCGGCGACGAAGGCGGCCGCAGCCGUGCUUGGGGCACCGCGGGGCGCAAGGGCGCCAAGCGGCCAAAGAAGGACCCCGGCGGUGCAGCCGUCUCGCCGCUGCCCAGCAGCCACCAGCAACGUGUGCACUCGCAGACGAGGCUGCAGCGGCCGAGCACUGUUCUGCAACAGCGCGGCCUGAGAGUCAAGGUGGGUCUGGACCGAGGUCCCGCCAGCCACACACUGACGGAGGCGUCCGGGCGGCUGAGCUACCGCGGCAGAGUCAUGAACAGGGCGGCUCGCAUCGCCGGCAUCGCCUCCGGCGGCCAGGUGCUGUGCAGCGGCGCCGUGUGGGGGUGCAUGGAGGCAGCGCAGCUGGCCGCGGGCCGGGAGGACGAGUUGGCGGAGGCGGCGGAGGUGGCUGCGCGAGGGCCGGAGGGCAGCCGCUCGGCGCGCGCGGGUGUUGCCCAGCGCCGCGGGCGGCAGGUGCUGGGCCUGCCACUUGGCCUGAUGGCGCUCAAGGGCGUGUCGCAGCCUGUGCAGGUGGUGCGCUGCGUGUGGCAGCCGCCGGCCCUUGAGCAGCAGCAGCAGGAGGCGGCGGACACAACGGAAGAGGGGGAAGAGGAGGAAGAGGAGGUGGGGCCUCGACCGCAGCUGCGGCAGCGGUGGCAGGCUUUGGCACGAGAGGACGCCACUGGCGAAAGGGAAGAGGGUGGCAGUGUGUUGGGUUCGGGCCUGGGGCUGGGGUUGGGCCUGAGGCUGCGGCCGUAGAAGGCUGCGCGGGCGCAGACACUCAUUCGUGUGGUCAGGUUUGCAGAAUGCUAUGAUUUGUCCCGGGAGCACCAGCAGCAGCAGCAGCAGCAGGGGGUCGGGUGAUGAUGUGGGGCGCGGUGUAUGGAGGUGGCAUCCCGUAUGUUUAGCUGGGCGCUUUACACCACGAAGCCAAUCAAGCCCACUUGAUUUUGUGUCGUGAGAGCCGCCUCACCCCGGUUAGCGCGCGUGUUUGAGUGCUGUGCCGCAAUGCUUAGCCGCAGUAGGGUGUUAGGUCCUACAGUGACCGAGGAGUGUCGUGACGUGUGUGAUGUGAUGCGGCGCGGCGUGGUGACGUGCUCUGAUGCGCAGCGGUGAAGGGGAGCUAAACGUCCGUGCGCCUGUGUUGCUUGGGGUUGUGUUGGGCUUGUCAUGCAGUGUUCAACACUGCAAGAGCCGUCACGGCAAGCAUGAGCGUGCUACACUGCUCCUACGCAUGAGCAUGACCGCAUCGUCAAGUCAACGCAAGCAUGCGAAGUAUGCCGGUGGAGUGUGCACGUGCACUGUAUACGAGCUGGAAAGCACGUAAAUGCGUGGAAGUGUCCUAACUGUUUUUUGUUUGCGGCUAAUGAUUUUGCGAGUCUUCCACCCAAGUGUGGCGGCGGAUAGAUGGGAUGCAUGUCUGUGGGGGCGGCGGCGGAUGCAAUGCUGUUUCCAAGAAAAUGGGCAGCAUCUGUACGUCAAAUUCAUGAAUUUGCAAGCAGGGGACAUUCAUCACGCCCUGACUGGCUGAACGUCGUCAUUAUUCAUGCUUCGGGGACACCAACUUCCGCGUGUAAGACCUGGGAGCUAGUGUUCGGGGGGCGGUGACGCGACGAUGCGGCGGAUGGAUGGCUGGAUGUUUGCGGCGGCAGGUGGCUGCUGUAAUUCAUCUAGCGACACGCACACAGGUGUACCUGCCCCCGCCACGGCCCUGCUGCGUCACUCCGCAAAUACAAGCGGUAGACAUGCGCACAGCUCAAUCCAACCAGCGAAACGUUCCGCGACAAGUGACAUGUUGAUUAUGAUAACUGAAUUAAUACAAAUAUUGAUUAUGCUGCGCGCGGCGUCGCGAAGGCAUAUGUAACGGUCUAACUUC